AUGCCGCCGCCAGGGCACCCCCUGCGGGCUCGGGCGAUUGGACUCUACAAAGAGCUCCAUCGUCUGGGCCGAGAGUAUCCUGAUCCCAACUACCACUUUAUCCCCAAGCUCCGUGCGAUGUUCCGCAGGAAUGCGCACCUGACCGACCACGAGGAGGUGGAAAGCAAGCUGGCACUCGCCGAGUUUCGCUCUAUUCUCUGA